GCCCGGGGCGACACGUGCCUGAGGGGAACUGGGACAACCGGGGGGACCGGGACAACCGGGGGGACCGGGACAGCCGGGGCUGUGGGCCCGAGGGGCUCCGACAGCCGCGCCCCGCAGGCCCGUGCUCCAGCCCCGGGCGAGUGAGGGACGCGGGGCCUCUGGCACCGGCACCGGGAUCCCGGUGCUCGCGGUCGGGGUCUCGGUUCUGUCACUCUGGAGCAGCUGACACCCCUCGGGCCCCGCCGGCCCCGGUCCGGCCGUAAGCGCCAAGGCCGCUGUCCCUGACCCCGAGGCGUGUCCGCCUCCCCCGGUGCGGUACAUAAAGCCCGGCCCCGCUGGGCUCYGCUGCGGCGAUGGCCGGCGCGGGGGGACGAGCCCCGCUGGGUCUGCGGCGGUGGCUGUCCUCGGCUGCCCCGGUGCCUCGGGUCUGCGUGGUGGGCAGCGGCCCCGCCGGUUUCUACACGGCUCAGCACAUCCUCAAGCACCAUGGCGGGGCCCUGGUGGACAUCUACGAGAAGCUGCCUGUUCCCUUCGGGCUCGUCCGKUUUGGGGUGGCCCCAGACCACCCUGAGGUGAAGAAUGUGAUCAACACCUUCACGCAGACGGCGCGCUCGGAGCGCUGCGCUUACUACGGGAACGUCACGGUGGGGAGGGACGUGACGGUGCCUGAGCUGCAGCAGGCGUACCAUGCCGUGGUGCUGAGUUACGGUGCUGAAGACAACCGGGUCCUGGGGAUYCCAGGGGAGAACCUUCCUGGUGUUUACUCUGCCCGAGCCUUCGUGGGCUGGUACAACGGGCUGCCCGAGAACCGGGAUCUGAAGCCUGACCUGAGCUGUGAGACCGCGCUGAUUCUGGGACAUGGCAACGUGGCACUGGACAUUGCCCGGAUCCUCCUGUCCCCACUGCAGCUCCUCAGGAAGACAGACAUCACUGACAGCUCGCUGGCAGCUCUYGCCUGCAGCAAGGUGAAGCGUGUCUGGCUGGUUGGGAGGAGGGGACCUCUCCAAGUCGCUUUCACCAUCAAGGAGCUGCGGGAGAUGAUCAACCUGCCUGGAACCAGAGCUGUCCUGGACCCUGCUGACUUCACAGGCCUCGAAAAYGCAGUGAAAGAUGCUCCCAGGCCCAGGAAACGACUGACUGAGCUGAUGAUGAAAACAGCCCUGGAGAAGCCCGGGGAGAAGGCAGUGGAGGUGCAGGCAGCAGGGCCAGCAGCCCCCCGGGAGUGGGGGCUCAAGUUCCAGCGCAGCCCCCAGGAAGUGCUGCCCAGUGCUGAUGGGACCAGGGCGAGGGGUGUCCGCAUGGCCCUGACCCGCCUGGAGGGCUCGGGGGACUCUGCCAAGGCCGUUCCCACUGGAGAUGUGGAGGAGCUGGAGUGUGGGCUGGUGCUCAGCAGCAUCGGCUACCGGAGCCUGCCGCUGGACCCGGCCGUGCCCUUCGACAGCCAGCGUGGGGUCAUCCCCAACAGCUCAGGCAGGGUGGAGGGUGUCCCAGGUCUGUACUGCAGCGGGUGGGUGAAGAGAGGACCCACGGGCGUGAUCAUCACCACCAUGAACGACAGCUUUGACACUGCCCAGUCCGUGCUGGAGGAUCUCCAGGGGGGUGUGCUGGAUAUGUCCCCCUCCAGAGAAGGCUUUGGGGCCGUGGAGAGCAUCCUGCRCAGCCGAGGGGUCCGUCCAGUUUCCUUCUCGGACUGGGAGAAGAUCGAUGCUGCYGAAGUGGCCAGAGGCAAAGCUGCUGGCAAACCCCGGGAGAAGAUCGUGGAUCCUGCGGAGAUGCUGCAGAUCAUCGGCCACUAAGGCAGCUCUGGUGGGAAUGUGGCACUGCUCCUGUGGUGCCAACCUGGGGCAACACCAGCAGGCCAUGAGCAGAGCCUGGGAGCGCAGGGCUUGUGCCCAGGGCUGGGGGUGGCUCUGGAGGGGUUUGUGACACUGGGGUCUCCUGGUAAUGAUCAACUCUGGGUUCCCAAAGUCUCAAGAACUGAGGCUGCUGGCUGGCCUCACAUCCCUGCAGCCAGCUGCCAUUCCUGGGGUGAUUCUUACGUCCUUGAAGCAUUAAUGAUYGUGCAGUGCAGGUGAGGGGAGGUGUGUGUGCAGCUGGAGGACUCCCGGACAGCCACUUCCCCACAGCGAGUCACAUGGAGAAGCUUCCCUGUGUCUUGCUGUCUGUCCCUUAAACUGCAAGCCAAAUGGYUUCGUUGCCUUGUCAUUCGUGCCAAGCAGGCAUCUUUUAGUAAUGAUUGUUUUUAAAAAUAAACCCUUCCAGAGAAGCCAAAUUGGACUGACUGCUUGAGUCUGGCUUCUUUGUCCUGCCACUGCCUUAACCUGGGAGCAGCCCCCGAGUGCUGUCCCAAAGCAAGGCAGCUCCGGGUGCUCUCCACUUGUGAGAUCUACACAGGCAGAAAAGGGCAUUAAUUUGCCUUCUGCUUCCCACAGUUAAAGCCCAUCAGAGCCCAGGUUCUGUUUUAUGGGGUGGACUGGGMUAAAAGCAUGUAAUUGCCUUGUUCCGGAUCAUGAAGGAUCUAUUGUCCAUUGGUACCUGCCGGUGCUGACUGGUGCAAGCCGUGCCUUGAGCCCUUUCUCUCCUUUCACUGCUGGGGUUAUUUUCUUGGCCUGUGUGUUUUGAAGCUUAUUAAAUGCUGCUCUUAGCCCAGAUUGCCUACGGUGACGGUGUCAGGUUUUAAGCCAGAUUACAAGCCGUGAGCUGUAAUCUCCUCUUUAUCCGUGGCGCAGGGGCAGCGUCAGCGGAGCCCCUUCCCUGGCUGUCCCCAACCCCCCCGUGCCUGCUGGAGCACUGCAGGACUGCAGCCCUUCCUCUCUGAUCUGUGGAAAUGGUGACAGUGGCUYUGUGAUGGAGGCAGAGGGUAAAUCGAGUCAGGGCAACCUCCACCUUGGCUCAGUCUCAAGGCAGUGGACUUGCCCACGGGGCAUGGUUCUCCCACCUCAUCUCUGUCUCCAAUCAAGGAAGGGACAUCUCUGACUUCUCCCUAUUUUUCCCUUUUUCUCUCCUUUUCUAUUUAAAUCUCAUUUGCAAGCUCAUUAAGAAACUCAGGAAAUGUGAUAAUGGGAGCUCGUACUCAAACGAGCAAUAAAGCUUUUGUGGAACA